AUGGCGCCUCCCACACAAAGUGAGAAACAACAUGUGUGCAACUAAAACUAUGCAGGAUUGCAGGCUACUUAGAUGAAGACUCAUUGUAUAAACGUAGUGUGUGGUCUGCUGUUCUGGUGGUCGAAGUCAUUUUUAAUCGAUAGACGUCUCUGAGUCCAAAACUGAGCUAGAAUUUAACAAACUGCGGUCGUCAUUGAGUUUUGAGUUGAGUUGACGUUUGUUGGCUGUGUCACUGUGACUGUCACUGUGUCAGUGUCACACAGUGUGUGCAGCUUUUCUAAUUUCUGUACACACCACUGAGGGUUGUCAUCAUGAAUAAUCAACUAGUCAGGCCAACAGCUCAGCUAGCCUCCAGAGCAUGGAACAACUUGAAUGGUUUGUUUGCUGUGUACAAACCGUCAGGAAUGCCAGUCAAGUAUGUCAAAGAGACGAUACAAACUUCCCUCAUUGAAGAUUUGAACAAAUUGGAGCAACGCCCUCAGAAACAACUCGUCAAAGUGGUUCAAGACGUUGCAAGACUUGAAGACACACCCAAUGCUUUGAUGGCUGUAGAGGUGCCAAGCUUUGCUGAUCAUCCGUUAGUCAGAGGACCACUCUUCUCUAGGAUAAAAGUUGCUGUUGUGUCGGUCGGAGUGGACACAAAAAUGUCUGGUGUCAUGGUUCUUUCUGUCAAAGAUGGAAGCAAGAAGAUUGAGUCGUAUCUUGGCGCAAGGAUGCCCAAGGUCUAUACAGUGAAAGGUCGUUUUGGUAUCGCCACAGAUUCACAUGAUGCUGAGGGGAAAAUCUGGCAAAAAACAUCGUUUAAGCAUGUCACCUGUGAGAAAUUUGACCGAGUCAUUUCCAACUUGGAGAGAAAGCACCAGAAGGUCUUGUUCAGCAAUGCUGGAGUGGAUCUUGAAAGUCAAGAAGCGUAUGAGUUGGCUGUCCGUGGUCUGCUGAGACCGUUUGGUGAGGACCUUCCACCUCUCAUCCUGAACAUCAGAUGUAUCCAUUUUGAGCCGCCAGAUUUUGAGUUGGAAAUCGAAUGCAUCCAUGAAACAGCCCAAUACCUCAGGAAAAUCGUUCACGAUCUCGCCCAAGACAUGAAAACCAGCGCCGUUGCAACACUUGUCAGGCGAACUCAAGACGGCCCACUCACGCUGGAUGAGGCACUCCUCAGGAAACAGUGGUCUCUUCCGUACAUUGAUGAGGGACUGAGGACCUGCAGACCGCUACUCAAGAAGAAAAUGUUCAGCGUGAGGAGAAAGGUCGAGGGAAUUCUUGAGGAGACAAGGUGAUGGUUUCUUGUGCGAAAGAUUCGUUGAUUGAUUUGUGACUUGAUUUGGUUACUGGUUUACCAGACUGAAGUCUCCAAGUGAGAUGAGGGAUAGACUUGUUAAUCUGGAUUUAGUUACUAGUUUAGUAAACCUUGUCGACUUAGCAAAUUUUUCUGAUUUUUGCUGAUAAAAUGUACAAGGCUAUAUAAUAGGCGUAAGUACAGGCUAUAUAAUAGCCUUAAAGUACUUUUCAAAUGUUGGCGAAAAAGUGUACAAGGCUAUAUGUAUAUAAUACAAUGUGCCAAAAAAAAGCACAAAUAGUCUUGUGUACUUAGCAAAUUUUGCCGAAAAAGUGUACAAGGCUAUAGCCUUGUGAACGUUGCAAAUUUUGCAAACUUUGCAAGGCCUUGUGAACUUUGCAAAUUUUGCCCCCAAAAAGUAUACAAGCCUAUUAUAUCCUCCCCUUACCAGUUUUCACGCUAUUAUGCCUUUUUCUUAGAAUUGGGAAAAAAAUAAUGAUGCCUUAUA